GGUUAUGUCAUUGGCUGGAAGUGCUAUGGCGCCCCGUAAUAACUACGACGUGACGAUGGGGGCCAAAUCUUAAGUAAUAUGCUGGCUCCCGAGGCUCUGGCGUUUCGGAGGGAAGAAGAAGUUUUCGUCGAUCCUCGCGUCGGUGGCGCUCAACUUUAUAAUUACGAUUUACUCCGAGAAUCAUCUAUCUGAGAGCCUGAAUGGACGCCACCACGAACCAGGACUCGAAAUCCGAGAAUAAAACUCCGAGCGGGGGCUGGAUUAGAUACAGGGUGGAGCACCGAGACCGUGAUACCAACCAAAUAUUAGGCCAAUACAACACCUCGGGGCUUGAAACAGAUGAUAUUGAGGUUGGACACGACGGUCCGGCCUUUGAUGUGGUCACCACGUUCAGAGUGGCGCCGCCACUAGCACCCCCGCCUACAGCAGGAGCUUCAUCUCGGCCGUCCCACCUAUCCCCUCCAAGUUAUUCUCUCCACCUACACUCUCCCGCCAUCAUAAACGCUCUUCAAAGCGUGGUCCAGUACUAUCCUUCUCAAGAUCUCACAGGUAAUAUCAUAGUCGAUUGGCCAUACGCAAUCUUAGUCCACCACUACGAUGAACUCACCAAAUUCCGCGACGAUGCCUCGCUUAAAAAUGAAAAUGACCUUUGCGUUCGAGAAAUCAGGGCUUAUGAUCAUAUCGGUCUGCUCCUCAAAUUCCUCGACGACACCAUCAUGCCAGACGUACUAGCCGAGAAGGAACGUAAUAAUAAAGGUUUCUAUACAUUCGAAUACGCUUGGGUCGGCUUUAAACCCGGCGUCACGGAACUAGGCCAAUGGGUGGAAACGAAUGACCUACAGCCGCGAGUGAUACAUUCGGUUGCUGGUGGUGUGUUCGAAUAUCCUCGAGUACCUUGGACAAUUUUCUUUUGGGACAUGCGAUACGAGGGUGAAUAUCUUGGAAGAUACCUAGGAAGCACCAUCAUUGAGAAAUUUGACGGACAGGGUGAUUGGAAGCAUGUGAAGAUAGAUGAUUUAACUGGGGGCGACCUCCCCGAAGAAGUCGCGAUCAAUUUGAAGUAUGGGGAGAUGUAUUGGAAUCUGCUGCGAAAGCAAUGUAGGCAUUACAAAGGGAAGACUCAAAAAUUUCCCUAUAACGAGAUCGACGGUCUAGUGAUGGCGGACCUGAAAAGCUACUACGAGGAGGGAAAUGCUCCGCCAACCUUAAUGAAUACCAAAGACUGUCGCAACUGGACAUCGGAUUGCAAGUGUUCGGUGUGUAAGAGUAGGAACGCACAAGAGACUACUAAGCAGGUGGUAUCACUUUUUGAGGAUUAUAACUGGAUCACGGUCGAGACAACUGAGAAACUUACGCCUCAUCAAUACAUCCUUUGCCAUUACGAAAUAAUGGCCUUUGUGUUCAAAACCCGCACAUGGGAACUCUUGCAUGUGCGCGACUUUGCCGAACCACAAUUCGACGAGAACCUAAUAGACCAUUUGGUGAUGGAUCCUCAACGAAAGCGGACGAUAAAAUCAUUAGCGAAGAGCUUUGCUCGUUUGAAUAAGCAUGGAGAUACAUUGACACGUAACCCAUGGGCCGCGGACUUUGUAGAAGGCAAGGGGCAUGGUCUCAUCCUCUUACUACACGGUAAACCGGGUGUAGGCAAAACGUGUACAGCCGAGUGUAUCGCAGCGUUUACCAAGCGUCCUUUGAUGGUAUUGACAUCUAGCGACAUAGGGACAGAUCCCUCAACUGUUGAGAUUAACCUUACAAAGCAUUUCAAAACCGCAAAGAGUUGGGGAGCGGUUCUUUUAAUUGACGAGGCCGACGUUUUUAUGGAGCGCCGCUCAACAGCUGAUUUAGUAAGGAAUAGUUUAGUAGCUGGGUUCCUCCGCGCCCUCGAAUUCUACGAUGGUAUACUAUUCCUUACCACCAACAGAGUUGGGCUCUUCGACGAUGCGUUUGUCUCAAGGGUCCAUCUCCAACUAUAUUAUCCCGACUUCGACGACGACCAGAGGCGACAGGUCUGGCAGACCUUUAUCGACAAACUCGCCAAGGAACGCGGAGACUACAUGCGACUUAACGUUGAUGCGAAGGACUAUAUCCGUGGUGCGGAAAUGCGGGCGCUAAAGUGGAACGGGCGAGAAAUUAGAAACGCAUUCCAAACGGCCGUUUCAUUAGCCGAGUACGAUGCCGAAAAAGGCGAAGACGGGAAGAUUCUGGUCACGGAUGAACACCUUCGAGCUGUUGUCGAACUCUCUAGAGACUUCAAAAACUACCUAAACGAGCUUCAUAAGGGCGAUGAAGGGAAACGAGCCGAGCGAAAGUACGAGCGUUUGGAUUCAUAUGAUAGAAGUUAAAUUUGAGAGUUGGUUGAACAUCUAAUAAUACAAUAUCAAUGAACUGUCACUUGCCUCUAGCUACCCUCAGCGGCAUACAGAUCACGAAGAUAAAUGUAUGGGUGUGUAUAUGGAUAUACUAUACGUACUGAUGGCCAACAAUAGAGUACAUUAGAUUGAUAUUGUAACUAGAUCAACCCAUUUUAGGGAUACAGCCCA